AUGUUAAUCGUUGCUGAGCCUCCAUCUGGAUAUUCCUUCUCGCGUCCCCCAAAUUCCUUACCUCCUUUACUUCCCACCGUCUCGAACAGCUACGGACCCCCGCCGAAUCCCCCCAUGGAGAGUUACGGUCCGCCACAGCUGCCAAAAGACACUUAUGGCCCUCCAUCGCAAGCUGCAAUUAUCCACAAACACGUUUAUGUGCACGUCGCACCGCCAGAGCCGGAAUACGAGCAACCAAGGCCGUAUGUUGCGCAACCGCCCGUGCAAAAACACUACAAAAUCGUCUUCAUCAAAGCUCCGAAUCCGCCGCGUCCCAGACCUCCGCAAAUUGCGGUGCCGCCUCAAAAUGAGGAAAAAACUCUCGUUUACGUGUUGGUGAAGAAACCUGAUGAUCCGCCGGAAAUUAUGAUUCCGACGCCGGCACCGACAAUGCCAAGCAAGCCUGAGGUCUAUUUCAUCCGGUAUCGCACGCAAAAGCAGGAGGGGAGUAACGGCGGGGGCGGUUACGCCGAAAGUAUCUCCCCCGCAGACCAAUACGGGCAAAUCAGUCUCACAAAUGACCAACGAGCCAAGCGACAUCGACAUCAGUAG